UACAAUAAGCGUUGUUCUUAUCAAGUCAGUCCCACGUGCAUUUAUAAAAAUUUGCGCAUAUAAAUGUGCCGCGCAAAAGUUUUAUUCAUAUCUUACUGGAUGAUUCAUAUAUCCAUUUUCUUGAUUUUGUUACAAACCAUUUUUGAUUCAUGUUCUGACUAUUAAUUUUGUUCUAAACCAAUAUUGGUUCAAUUCCUUUUUAUUGAUUUUAUUCCGAACCAAUUUUGUAUCAUAUCCCUUUUAUUAUCUGUAGCUAGCAUAUUUCUUCGAAGAGCAAGAGUUCGUCAAAAACAAGUUUCAGAUCUGGCUCUACUACAACUACUUUAAAACAAAACGAGCCGUCAGUUUUGGUUUUGCUUCUCUUUGUUCAAUUUCACAAUAUGGACCAAUACGGCGCAUUUUCGAGCCGCGAAAACCCGUCUUCGGAAAAUGAAGUUCUUAAUCCAGGGGCCGAUCUUUGCAAGAAUUACAACAUUAAAAAAGGCUGUACGAGUGUCAAGUGUCCUGUCUUACAUCUUUGCCAAUACUGGGUAGGAGGUGAUUGCAAAUUUGGACCCGAGUGCAAGAGAUCUCAUCAGAUUACGAAUGUGGAACAAAUGAAGAUUAGAGAUGCUGGAUUCAGUCCAGAUGAUCCUAUAUUUUGGCAAAAAAUCCGAGAGAAACUGAAACUCAAAAAAACGUAUCGCGGGUUACCAAGCGUGUGUAGUCGUUAUACCUCGCGAAAGGGUUGCGAAAGAGGUGGUGAGUGUCUUUAUAUUCAUUUGUGCAAGCAUUUCGUCUCUUCAAAUUGUACACGCGGUCUCUCAUGUCCUUAUGAACAUCGGUUAAGCGAAAAAGAUGCUGCAAUUAUCCGCAACGCAGGAUUUAGAGGCCCACCAGAGGAACUUUUGCAAGCGUAUAUUCAGUCACAGCAAAAUAGUUCGUCUACGUCAACAGGUCAAAAGCAGCCAAUUGCAUCGGAUUUGAAUUUAAAGCCAAAAGAAAAAAGCUACGCGGAAAAAUGGAGAACUGGAGUGUUCCAGAAACUGAGACUGGAGUCAAGCAGAGAGUUAAAUUUCAACGACUCCAGAAUGUAUUACUUUCACAUUGCAGAAAGUCAUUUUCUUCGCCGUCUCGGAAAUACUAGACUGCGGGCUUCUGUAGAAAGUGUUGAUCUAUUCAUUAACCCUGUUUUGGAGGCUAAAUAUCACACUAAGAGACAAAACUUAAAGAGGGAUAGAGGAGAAGAUUUUGCAAAAGAGAUUCUUGCGUUCCACGGGACUCCUCUGAAAGACCCAGACCCAAUAAUGAAAGACAACUUCAGCCUGGAUAAAAUCCAGCGAACACGUCAUGGAUUUGGUGUAUACUUUUCAGAGUUCCCAGACGUUGCUAUACACUAUGCUGGAGGAGAAAGAUUUGCCGGAAGUUUGAUCAUGGCUCGAGUUUUGAUCGGAAAGCAAAUUGAGGCCCGCUCAUGCCCCAUGAUGCAAAUAGAUAAAUAUAUCUGCAAGGAGCAUGAUUCCCAUUUGGUCAACCCACAAGAAGAUAACUAUUCACAAAUGGUGAUCUUACAAGAUAUGGACCAAAUAUUGCCCCAGUAUAACAUUCACUGGAAACAGCGAUGAAAAUAUAUGAUAAUCUGAGUCUAUUGUAAAGUUUCUUUAAUGAUCGCUAUUGGGAAAAAAUGGCCUAUUAGUUCCAA